AUGGCUGGAAUUGGUAGUCUUGUUGAUCUAUUACUUUUCUACACACUCGAGAGAAUUCUUUACAAUAGAAUGGUAUGCUCACUGGGCCAAAACUCCCAGCAAGUCAAGAAAGCAAUUGCCCUCUGGCUAAUGCUCGAGGAAAUUGGCUACCAUGAUCUAAUCCGGACCAUAAACUCCUUUGAUAACGCCACCAUUGAAUCCUUAUUUUAUGAGGCAUUGCAGUGCUUAUUAUGCAUACACCCGAAUUCGGCUCAACCAUUUGAAUCUGAUGAAACUCCAAUUUUUACAGGCCUUUUUGACGAGCCUAUGAACCCGAGGUUCUUUUACUACAACAGAGAAUUUAUGUACAAGCGCUACAUGCACAUCAUGGAGACGGUUUGUGAUCAAAUCUUUGGUGAGACCAAGGCUGUAGAAGUUGACGAGUCAAGUUUGAGGCCAGCAGUUAACCCCUUUGGAGAAGGGUCUAGUACUGGUCAUGAAGGCGUAGCAAUGCAUGCUGCAGGGACUUCUAGUAGGGCUAGUGGUCAAGUAAUUGGUGAGACAUCAAGGCAAUCAAGCUUGAAUCCUGAUGCCAGUGAAUUUAAUCCUGGACAGACCCCUGAAGAUUCUCGGACAAUGUUCCUAACAUUCUCAUUGGGUCACCCUCUAAGCCGCGAUGAAAUUAUUGAUUUCUUUACAUCGAACUGUGGGGAAGUAGUACAGAAUGUUUUCAUUGAAAGUACUCGACCAGGCAAGGAUCCACAGUUUGGACGAAUUGUGUUCACUAAUUCCUUGGUUAUACCAAGAAUACUUAAUGGACAAACAAAAGCCAAAUUCAUGUUUUUGGAGAUGGCUACGGUUUGUGGUCGAAGGAAAAUGGAAGAGUACAACGCUAAUGAUAUGUGA